AUGGAGCCAUCCCAGAUGUCCUUCCUAUUCUUCCUCAUGUAUGCUGCGGCAGCUGGAGGGGUACUGCAACUGCUGGAGAGUGCUCCAGGUUCAGCUCAAGAGCUCAAGAUAAAGGGAGGCACCCAACAGCUUUCACAGUGUCUGGCAGACCGUGUUGGGUGGAAGAAUGUCCGGCUGGGUUCUGCUGUGACGGCCAUAUGGCAGGAUGCUGAGUGGGCCAAGGUGACAACCACCACCAACACCUUCUUGUGCAGAGCUGUGAUUGUCACCAGCCCCCCUCACUUGGCAGCAAAGAUCCACUACCAGCCAGCCCUGCCCAGCCAGAGAGAAUUUCUUACCCAGAACAUGCCUGUGGGCCACAUGAUAAAAUUCAUUAUUACCUACCAGACGGCUUUUUGGAAGGAGAAGGGCUUCUCUGGAGAAAUAGUGGCAGGAUCCUCCAGUGAGUGUCCAUUCUGCGUUACAUUUGAUGCCACCAGCCCCAGCGGUAAUGCUGCUUUGGUAGGCUUCAUUGCCGCCCAGCAGGCUUCUCGAUGGAGCUCCGAGGAGGGUGAGGAGAGAAGAAAUGCUGUGUUUUCCAGUCUGGUCAAAUACCUAGGUCCUGAAGCUGCAUCUUUCCUCCACUAUGAAGAGAAAGACUGGGCAAAGGAGGACUACAGCGGAGGCUGCCCUGUUAAUGUCAUGGCACCAGGUCUGCUAACAUAUUACCACCCCAGCCUGAGGAAGCCCUGUGGCAGGAUCCACUGGGCAGGCACAGAGACAGCCACCCUGUGGUGUGGGUACAUGAGUGGUGCUGUACAAGCUGGUCAGCGAGCAGCUCUGGAAGUACUGGCUGAACUCUGCCCCAUGGCCCUGACCCAGGAGGAGCAGGAAGCAAUGCAGCACAGUCAAACUAUCAUGGGUGCUGCCAAGCAAACAGCAUCAUCCAAACUUGUGUACCAGUUCACAAAAAAGACUAUGGUCAUAGCAACACUGGCAAUAGGUGCAGCUCUCUUGCUGGCUCAGAAUCAAAAUGCAUUGCUAAAGGUCAAAACUUACUUGACGAAGGUAUUUUAAACAACCAGACACAAUAUUUUCCUACUGUAACAGACCUGGAAAACAGGUGUGCAAUUCACCCGUUUUGGUUUUGAUUUAGACAGAAAGGUUUUGCUAGGGCACCAAAAAAACAACGUUCUGCCUACUGAUACCGGACCUUUUUUGUUUUGGUUUUCACAUACUGCAUAUUUCACAGCAAAGUUUGAAAGUUAAAGUCAAUUACACUAUUUUCAUUAGGCCUAUAUUGUAUCAUAUUAAAUCAUAUUAUACUAUUGGUAAAUUGUGGCAUUGGUCAAUAGGUUAUAUCAAAAUUACUCUAUAUUGACUUAGAGUGUGCAGAUAAAUGACAAAGUUCUCUUUAAGCAUUUUGAGGCAUGUUCUCUGCCAUGUUGUUUCUUACGGUACA